ACCUUCAGCUAUGUCUUGGCUUCACAGAAUGUAACCAAAGUUGUCCAUCUCCAGUAGGCCGCCCCAUCAACGUCUUUGGGCCCCACAAACCACCAGAAUGCAGGGCACAACAUGGGUACAAUGCCAAAUGAAUUCCAAUUCCCUGAUAUUUGAGCCACCAACGUGUGUGGCUGCAUGCGGGGCAAAAUUUUGGUCACCCGCGUCAAAAUCUCACUCCAAGGUUUUUGGAAAAGUUGGCAGCUCUGCUCUGUACUGGACUGAACGGUUAUACUGAGCUUGCGCAGCAGCCUGGCACUCAGUCCCUGAACCAGUUAGUUCUAACAUGCUGGUAAGUGUAGCAAUCCGCAGCACUGCAGCUUCUGAGCUAUUCUCCACUAGUAACAGGUUGUGUUCGUGGAAUAUGCCUGAAUCGAGAAAACGUGCGUGCCAGUAUCCUGAGCGACACUAUUCCUACAAGAAACCAGUUAAUAAAAAGUACGGGAGGUAUUCAUCAUAACAGGUUGUAGGUAUCCAGAAGAACUUACUCUAGGUCAGCCUACCCAACGGCUGAUAAUAUAUUAUUAAAAGAGCAGGGACUAAGGCUGAGUGGCUAAAUUGAAUGGUGUCAGAUUAAUUAGGUUUACCAAGGGUCCGUUAAUAAUAAUAAAAAAAAUUCAGCAAAGCGUAGACCGAUUAGCACGCAAUAACCUUCACCCACUCCCAGUUCCACCAUUGGUCUCGAAAGUGAUUCCUUACAUAUGUGAAAGUCUGUAAAAUAUAACCUAUAUUGUAUAAUGAUUGUUUUUAUACGUUUUUUUGUAUAAACUCAUUUAUGAAAGCCAAUGGAAUUUGUGUAUUUUGGUACAACCAUGAAGUUAGCAUUUCUAUUACAGGUUGUGGGACUGUUAGACAUGGGCUUGUCCAGGAAUCUCAUACGUCAAAAAAGAGAUUGGAUCAUAGAAUCUUACAGUAUAGAUGAAGAACAUCCUGGACCAUUCCCUUUUUGUUUGGGGAAGAUUACCGUAAACAAUGAAAAGAGGGAAUUGACACUCAUUGGACCUGGAGCCACGGAAGACCCUGUGGACCUUAUAACUAUUGAUGAUGAAAAACAAUUAAUUUGUAUUAAUGGACCACUGGACUAUGAGCAACCCAAGAUCCUCAAUGUAGUAUAUGAGGAGAAUACACCAUCAGGGAGGGCUAGCACAAGACUUGGAGUUGAGAUAAAAGUACUGGACAUAAAUGAUAACCCACCGGUUUUCUCAAAGGAAAUCUACUAUGCCACGCUGGAGGAGUCAAAGCAGCAAGGGUCUGAGGUAGUGACAGUUCAGGCAUCGGACGCGGAUGAACCAGGAACAAACAAUUCCACUUUCAAAUUCAGAAUCGAGUCAAUUUUGCCGGUCCCUACAAAUGCUCAUUUUGACAUCAACACCAAAGGAGAAUCGGGGAUAAUAACAUUUAAAGGAUGUUUGGAUUAUAAGAAAGAAAAUAAAUAUACUAUUCUAGUGGAGGCAAAGGACCAAGGUGAAAAGAAACAACUUUCCUCCACAAGCACAGUGAUAGUCGAGGUUCUCGAUCAAAACAAUCAUCACCCUGCAACAUCCAUACCAUUUGUGCAUGGAAGAGUGAAAGAAAAUGAAAAAGACAUUCAAGUUGGAAGACUGCAAGUCACAGAUAAAGACACCAAAGGCACAGCUGCCUGGAAGGCCAAGUACGCACUUCACGGAGACCAAGGUGGACAUUUCAAGAUCACGACUGACCCAGAGACGAAUGAAGGAGUUCUCACAAUUGAAAAGCCGCUGGAUUACGAGAAGCUGUCUAUGAAGAACCUGUCCGUCUCUGUGGAAAAUGAGGAACCGCUAUUCUGUUGCGAGGUCAAAGUGCGAUCAGCUACUCAGCUGUGGGAGGUGGACAGAGAAAAGUGCUUACUUGUUGCCACCCCUCCCCAAUUUGCUGUGACCAUUGAGGUGGAGAACGUGAAUGAGCCUCCCAUUUUCAAACCCGCUGUCAAACAUGUUUACAAGAAAGAGAGCAUUGCUGUUGGCUCUUACUUGGAGAAGCUCACUGCACAUGACCCUGACGACGAUAAUGCCAUGUUAAAAUACUUUAAAGGAGAGGACCCAGCAGGGUGGGUGUCUGUCGAUCCAAAGACAGGUGAAAUCACAACAGCAAAUAACCUGGACCGCGAGUCUCCUUACGUGAAAAACAAUGUUUACACUGUGAUCAUUUACUCAGUAGAGAAUGGAAAAGCACCUUUGACUGGGACAGGCACACUCAUUAUCCACCUGGCUGACGUAAAUGAUAAUCUUCCCAUUCUGGAGCAAAGCCAGCUAGAUAUGUGCUUGUCAGAUGAACUGGUCAAAAUCUCAGUAAGAGACCCAGAUCAGAGCUACAACAGUGGACCAUACUACUUUGAAAUCCUUGGUGAUGUCCAAAGGCAAUGGAGACUUGAGCCUAAAUAUGGGAACACAUCCAACCUGAUCAAAGAAAGUGUUGCCUAUGCCGGGCGCCAUUCUCUGAAGCUGAAAAUCUCAGACAGGCAGGGCCUUUAUUUAGAACAGAACUUACAUGUCACUGUGUGUGACUGCACCGGAUCUACCUCCACCAUGUGUGAGACUGGACAGUCCAGACCCCAACUGGCUGGACGUGCCGUUGCAGUCCCGGUCAUCGCUCUGCUGCUUCUGCUCUGUAUCCUGCUGAUGAUGAUCAAGUGUGAGAAACGUAGAGAAUUCAUCCCCCUUCCUGGCACAUUUAAGGGGCAUGUGCGGAACUAUUGUACAGAGGGACCAGGGCAAGACAUUAAGCCUGUCCAAAAGAAUGAUGGUGUCAACAUAACACAGCUGCCUUCUCAAAUACAAAUAACGACCCAAGGAAUGCUACCAAGCCUUGUAUGCCAGCAACAGCCUUGCAGAGAAUGCAUCUUGACAAAAGGGACUACAAGCGCAAUGUCUAAGUGGACGGGGUCAGUCUGUAAUGUUGAAUUCCAUCCCAAUCCCAUCCCUAUACCCACAAUCCUUCUGACUGAACCGUCGAGUCUGGACCUGGCAUGCAGCCUUAGUCUGGACCCCAACUUCAAACCACUGGAUGCCAUUUGUAGGCCACCUAACUUGCCAAUGCUUGUGGUGGAAGACAAAAAAUGUACUUUCCCUGUGCACAAAUAAGUAGGGAUGGGUAUCGUUUGGUUUUUAUCCGAUACCGGUACAUAACCGAUACUUUUAAAACGAUACCGGUGCCUAAACGGUGCCGGAACCGAUACUUUUAUCAAAA